GUUGCUCUUGAGCGCGGUGAGAGGAGGAUUAUCUGCCCACAGCUCAAGCGCUCAAGAGCCGAUAAAGAGCCUCCAUCUGACGCGCUGUGGACGCUGCCGUCUUCUCUUGUCACGCACUCAGUAUCUCUGUUCAUAUACAGCAUGGAGGAAUGCAGGAGCGAGUAAUGUGAUCAGAGCCGAUCUCUUCAACUGAUUAAUUUGGAGAGAUGAAAAUGGGAGCGAGGGAUAUCCAAACCUCUCCGAUGACGGAUUUUAUGGAGGAGCCCGCAGCCUGUGAUGGAAGCUAAAGGUUUAUCCUGCUGGCUGUAGUAGCUUCCUGGUGGAUCUUUUGCUGUGAGCCUGCAUCUCCUCUGCAGACAGACGGUCUUCAGGAGUGGGCCGCUGUUUGUCCUUUGCUUUGAGGGUGACUGUGAGAGUAAGAGCAAGGCAUUCUGGGAAUCCCAGCCAGCCCUGGAUGUGGCUGAGUCUCAGCUAUCAGCAGCAGAAGAAAAGUUUGUCCAAUGCUGCCACUCUAUAUACUGAAGCUCACCUCCAGAAGCAUCAUGAGUGGAUAACGGGCGUGGCCGGAGGCGGUGCAUAGGUCAAGGGGUGGGGCAGUUUUGAGUGGGAGGGAGGUGCUGUAAAUGAUGACCAGCCUUUUCCGCCGAAGUAACGCGAACAGUAACCAUGGCAGCGGUACGCGAGGGGGCGACGCUGCCUCGGGGGAGCUCAAUAACAGGAGGCCUCCACGUCAGGUCCGGCGUUUGGAGUUUAGCCAGGCUAUGGAUGACUUUAAAACGAUGUUCCCCAGCAUGGAGCAUGAGGUUAUCGAGUGUGUCUUGAGAGCCAACCAUGGUGCUGUCGACUCCACCAUUGACCAGCUACUGCAGAUGAGCUUGGACAGUCAGGCAACAGAUGACAGCUCGGAUUCUGAGGACAGCAUCCCUCCAGAAAUCCUGGAGAGAACACUAGAACCGGACAGCUCAGAUGAGGAGCCUCCACCCGUCUACGCGCCGCCCUCCUAUGACAUGCACAUCUAUGACAGAAAACAUCCUGCAGAUGUUCCAUCCACACCACCACCCAGGUUCGAUGAUUAUCCACCUUCUGGGCAUCAGCAGGUUGGCAGAUACAGGAACUGGAAUCCACCGUUACUAGGAAACCUCCCUGAUGACUUCCUGCGGAUCUUGCCUCAACAGUCAGAGAGUCUUCAGCGCUCUCAAAGCAACCUGUCUCAGCCUUCCUCCUCCUCUUCUUCCUCCCUGUCAUCCCUGACGCAGCUUUCGUCCAGCAGUAGUGCCCUGUCAGGUGGCGUUUGGUCAUCUGAACAGGACAAGAAGUUGAAACAGUACUUGGAGGAUGAACGAAUAGCCCUUUUCCUACAGAAUCAGGAGUUCAUGAAAGAGCUACAGCGUAACAGAGACUUCCUCAUAGCUCUGGAGAUAGAUCGUCAGAGGUGCGAGAAAACACAGUGUGGUCAUUCAUCCGCUUGCACGGAGAACUCAGCCGAAGGUGAUAAUUGUGGCUCGGGGUCUGAGGAGGCCUGUUCAUCAGUCUCUGACGAUGCCUUAUUCCUGGAAAAACUCAAGCACAUGGGCAAAUCUACAAGGAAGAAGCUCUUUGAAAUUGCUAGAUCAUUCUCGGAGAAGACCAGAAGGAAGAAGUCCAAAAAGCGAGCUCUACCCAAACACCAGUCUCUGGGCUCUGCAACCUCCACUGUCAAUCUCCUGGAAGAAGUAGAGGGGCCGCCAUCGGCUGAGGAUGCCAGCCAACUUAAGCGACUCUCAGGAAGGCAGGAGGGGGAGGAGACAAAGGAAGUGAUGUUGUGAUGGAGGAAUCCUGGCCGGAGCAGCCAAUGGUCUCUGCUUGUUUCAACAGCUCUGAAGACUGAAGCGUGAUGAAGAUCAAGAUUUUACUCAUUAGUUUCCUGCAAUGCUUAAUUAAACCUGAGCCAUAAAGUCAUCAUAGUUCUAUAUUGUUUGUACUAUUUUCUGGUGUAGCAGAUCUGGUGGUGUUUAGAGGAAUGCUGUGUCGGGACAGUUCUCACGCUGUGCUGGGACUCAGGACUCAGAACAUCCACAAGCACAAAACCUCAUUGCUCAGCUUGAUAAGAAAAUCUAUGUUUAUCUCAGGAGAAUUAUUAAAAUGGCCUGGAGCCCAUGUACAGUUCCUGACAUGUUUAUAGAUAACACUCAUGAUCUAAUUUGAUAAGUAUUACUUUGAUAACUGGGUGAUUGAUUUAAAAUUAGUUAUGAAAUUUAGUUGCUAUGUUGCAAUGUGUUUUCAACCAACUCACAAUUUAGAGACUUUUUCAAAAAUUCUGCUUCUUUUCACCAUUCACUCCUGAAAUGAACAUUUAUAUUUUAUUCUUAGUGUGAAGUAAGAUCUGGUUGUGUGUAUUUACACUGGGAUAGUAAUUAUAAAAAUUAAAUUGUAAUUUUCACACCUAGGGCUGUCAGCUCACUCUAAAUUGCUAUUGAUUUUCAGAGGAUCAUUUUGUUUGUUAUUAAAUAAAUUACAUUUUGA